AAGGCUUAGAAAGCCUUCUCCGUUCUAAAAAAUUAGAAGCAAUAGAAAAGGAAAAUACCAGAAAACACAGACGGAGUCGUAGCAGAAGUCGCACACAUUCGCCAAAACGUAGAAGAAGGGUUUCGCAUCCAUCAGAAGUUGUAUCGCGAAAUGAUAGAGUAAAGGUUAAAAUAAUGUCCGUGGCCGCGUCCAGAAUAAGUUUAUCUAUGAAAGAUGUUGACCAAGAAACGGGAAAGGAUUUAACACCUCAUUUACGCAUAAAAACUGAAGAAAUCUCUCGUAAUCCUGACCGUCCGUUCUCUUUUGGAAAGGUACCAGUGAUUGAAGACAACGAAGGACCGAACAGCCUUAAACGACUCUCGUCACCAGAACGUUGGGAGCUUAAACAACUCAUAGCUUCAGGUGUCCUAAGUGCAUCAGAAUUGUCAAAUUAUAACGAAGAUCAAGGACAAGGAUUUUUUGAGACUAUGGAAACAGAAGAAGAAUUAGAUAUUGAAAUUCGAGAGGAUGAACCACCAUUUUUAAGGGGGCAAACUAAGCAUACGUUGCAAUUGAGUCCAAUUAAAGUAGUCAAAGCCCCAGAUGGAACCCUAAAUCGUGCCGCCAUUGCAGGCGCAUCAUUAGCGAAGGAACGAAGAGAAUUACGUACGCAACAAGCGAAUGCAGAAUUAGAUUCAGUCCCAAAAGAUAUAAACAUCCCUUGGUUAGAUCCAAUGCCUGAACCAGGUGAACGUCAUUUUGCUCAAGACUUAAGAGGAAUUGCUGCUGGUCGCAAGGCUGGGGAAGUACCUGAAUGGAAACGAGAGACCUUUAACAAAGCGACAAGUUUUGGCAAAGUCACGUCACUAUCCAUUCAAGAACAACGACAAAGUUUGCCUAUAUAUAAAAUGCGUACACAACUGAUUAAUGCAAUCAGUGAGAACCAACAACUUAUAAUAGUAGGUGAUACGGGGUCAGGAAAAACCACACAAAUGACACAAUAUCUUGUCGAAGAAGGAUUUGCGUCUCGUGGUAAGAUCGGAUGUACCCAACCUCGUCGUGUUGCUGCAAUGUCUGUUGCGAAACGUGUUGCUGAAGAAGUCGGUUGUCGAUUGGGAGAGGAAGUCGGUUACACCAUCCGUUUCGAGGACUGCACGAGUCCCAAUACGCAAAUUAAAUAUAUGACUGAUGGUACAUUACUCAGAGAAUGCUUACUGGACCCUAAUUUAAGUCAAUAUUCUGUUAUUAUUUUGGAUGAGGCACAUGAAAGGACUAUAAACACUGAUGUGUUAUUUGGUUUGCUUAAAAGUAAGUUUUAA